AUGUGUAGAUGUACAGAGGGUGGAGAAAAAUCAGCCUUGAAUAAUCAUUUGUAUAAAAUGAACCAAUAAAAUCUGAUUCAAUCAAAAUUGAUAUUAGAGCAAGAGAAGGGAUCAAAUCUUCACACAACCAGCUGCUGAAAAAAUGAAGAUGGGUCAUGUAUUUUUGGUCCUGGGCUUGAUCCUGAACUUGGCGCUCUACUCAGACGCUCAGCUUGAAGCUCUUCAGCCUAUCUCACAGUCUGAGUCCUGCUGUUUCAAGUUCUUCACUGGCCGGAUUCCUCCCAAAAAAAUCCAGAAGGUCAAAAAGACAGGCUCACACUGUCCACAGCAAGGCUUUAUUGUUACUACUCCUGAGUAUGCCAGCCUGUGUGUUCAUAAAGUCACUGGCAAAGCAUAGACUCCACCUUAAUGCUGCAACUCAGAUGCAACACACACACACACACACACACACACACACACACACACACACACACACACACACA